GUCGAUGUGAUGCACCAAUCACUUUAUGAUAGUCUGACCUAGUGCUCAGUAACCUUCAUCGAUGGAUGAUGUCAUCAGAAUGCUGACUAAGUGACUUUCAGUUUGUUAUCAUUUACGAGGUAAAAUUGACAGUAUUUGGUCUAUGGGAUUUUCAUUACGGAGCCGAAAGGUGGAUUUAUGGUUCUGGUUUCUCUGGAAUACAAGAAAUGUUUUGUAUUUCAACUGUCAAUAUACGACUAUUUGUUAGGGGAAAAGGCGACGUUCCCCUGAAAUUCACAUCGUCAAUGAAGGAAAAUAUACUUUCCCCCAAAAUUUCCUCAAAGUUGGGUGAUUGUGCUCUUUGGGCAAACAAUGUGUUAAAGCACGUGAUUCAGCGCGUUGUCAGUAGUGUUUAGUAAUGCUAGGCAAUAAAACAAUCAUAUUAUCUGCCAACAGAUACGAAGAAUUAACUGGUCCUUUGAUCACACUUUACAUAAUUGCUGAGUGAUCUAUGUUGAAGUUGCGUCCCAGCUUAAUUUUUAUCUCGUUUCAUAAAUUCCCUAGUCAGUUACGUACUGUAUCCAAUAAAGUGGGAAGCCUCAGAAAGAUCCCUUUUAAACCACUGACACGUCAAAUAUUUUUAGGCACUCUUUUCUGUGGAGUUUCCACAGUCGUUUGUAUUUCAAGGUCUGAAAAGCCACGUAUAAUUACAUCGGAAGAACUUGCUCAGCAUAACUGUAAGGAACGUGGAGUUUGGGUCUCUUUCAAUGGAAAAGUGUACGAUGUUACAAGUUUUGUCGAUGACCACCCAGGAGGUGACAAAAUUCUUUUGGGCGCUGGCUCCGAUGUUGCUCCAUUUUGGUCUGUGUAUGCAUUCCAUUACCAAAGUCAUGUCUUGAAGAUACUAGAACAAUACUAUAUUGGAGAACUUGAUAAAUCGGACUGUAUCGAUAACGAAGCUAGUGAGGAUAUAUAUUGUUCUGAUCCUCAGCGAAGUUCGGAUUUAAAAGUAAUUUCACAACGUCCUUUUAAUGCAGAAACUCCUCUUUCAUCAGUAUGCAGUAAUCCGAUUACUCCCACUGAGUUAUUUUUCGUAAGAAAUCAUCUUCCUGUUCCUGAAGUUGAUCCAGAAACAUACAGACUGAAAAUAGUUUCUUCGACUAUAAAGGUUAACAAUGAACCGCUGAAGUUGUCUUUAAAGUUAGAAGAUAUUCUAAAGAAUUAUCCUCAUAAAAGUUUGGUAUCUACAAUUGUUUGCGCUGGAAACCGACGGUCAGAUAUGAUCAAGUAUGAUUUAAACAAGGCUGAACUAGAAAAACGCAGUCCGUAUGUAAAAGGUUUAUCGUGGUCUGAAGGAGCCAUUUCUACGGCAGAGUGGACUGGUGUACCGUUAGUGGACUUAUUGGCCUAUCAUCUGUUGCCUGAAAACCAAAGAACUAACUAUCAAGCACUUUAUGAAUUGCUUAAAAAUGCAGGUGUACGUCAUAUUCGAUUUGAUGGAUUAGAUAUAGACCCCACUGGUGGAGUUUUCGGUUCAUCAUUACCGAUUAAUUUAGCUUUAGAUCCUCAGAGAGAGUUGAUUGUUGCUUUUCAAAUGAAUAAUAAACCAUUAACUCGGGAUCAUGGUUUCCCAUUGAGAAUUAUUAUACCUGGUUCUAUUGGAGCUCGUCAAGUUAAAUGGUUAGAUCAAAUCACCUUAUCAACAGACGAAAGUGAAAGCUUUUGGCAACAAGGUGAUUAUAAAUAUGUUCUACCAACAACUGGCAAUAAAGCCCCAGAUCUGAAAGACUUACCGGCUAUUUUGGAUUAUCCUGUUCAGUCAGUCAUUUGUAAACCUUCUGAUGGUGAAACUUUAAAAAACACUGGGACUGUCAGUUUAUCAGGCUAUGCAUUCAGUGGGGGUGGACGUGGGAUCAUUUCUGUUCGCGUUUCUGCAGAUGGUGGCAAGACUUGGCAUGAAGCGAAAUUGUCACCAGUCAGUCCUCCUGCAGCACAAGAUCAUGUAACAAACACAGACAGUAAUUCUACUAUGAAAAACCGGAGUGUUAAACAGUGGGCAUGGACAUUAUGGACUGCUGAGAUUCCUAUUCCAAAAGAUUUUCGGGAAGUAGAGUUUGUAUGUUCAGCCAUUGAUAGCUCCUACAACACUCAACCAGAAAUCUGCUCAGCUACUUUAAACAUUCGCGGCUUACUGUCAAACUGUUGGCAUAGAAUAAAUGUUAAAUUUGACACUUCGUCUCUUGACCAAUGAUUAUUUCUUCACAAAGACAAUUUUUAAUUUUCAGUUAACGCUUUUGUACCAUUAUGUAACUUUUUUGAUCUUAAGAGUACUUUUCACACAAUAGAGUUUUCAUGGAACAAAAUUAGUAUUUGUGAAUUUGGGUUUGAUUGAAAUUCC